AUUUGGGAAGCUUAAUCCACUGCUGGGAGCUGGCGAUCAACUUAAAACUUGUGCCAUACGCGCGUGAUAGAAACAGAAAACCGUUACCUUGAAGAAGGCAUGGAAUUUAUUUCAUUUUUCAUGUUCAUAGCCUGGAAUGCAUUAUUGACUAACUUCACUUUUGGAAAAGAGCGAGAUCGCACAAUGGUGUUUCCAGAUUACUUCUUCUUUGCUGAAAGACGUUUGGUAAACCAUGUAGUCGAAACUAAACACGUCAAAGACUUGGACCACUGUGAACUUUUCUGCUACAUGAACGACAACUGUGUCAGUGCUAACUUCAAAAAAGAGCCAGAGACUGGAGGAAUCACUUAUAUCUGUGAGCUGAAUAACGCCACUCAUCUUGAAUAUGAUACUGACCUGAUGACUGAUGCUGAUUUUUAUUAUCGAGGCUCAAAGAACGCCUGCGGUAAAAACCCACCUUGUCAAAAUAAUGCAACUUGUCAGUCCGGUUUCACAAUCAAGGGAUAUCGAUGCUCGUGCCCUCCUGGAUUCGAAGGAGAACAUUGCGAAAAAGAUAUUGAUGAAUGCCAAAAAAACACUCACGAUUGCCACCUGAACGCUUCUUGUAAAAACACAAAUGGAUCUUUUGUGUGCACCUGUUUAUUUGGAUUUAACGGAGAUGGACGGAACUGCACAGACAUCGACGAAUGCGCAAGAAAUCUUUCUUGUCAUGUGAAUGCCAACUGUACCAACACCAUUGGAUCACAUGUAUGUACAUGCCACACAGGAUACACUGGAGAUGGACAGACUUGUUCAGAUGUUGACGAAUGUGCAAAAAAUCUUUCUUGUCAUGUGAAUGCUAACUGUACCAACACCAUUGGAUCACAUGUAUGUACAUGCCACACUGGAUACACGGGAGAUGGAAAAUCUUGCUGGGAUCUCACAGCAACGGACCAUGCCAAGCUUGAAGAAACUUACCAAGGAGCUACACCAGGAAAUCAUGAUGAGCAGAGAAGCAUAAUGCAGCUGGAAUUAGAGUACAAUGGAGUGGCUAUCAUCAGUAGUAGGCUGUGGCAGAUAAACUACCCCAAUGACGUGACAAGUGUUGAAUCUCUUUAUGUUCUGUGGCAAUCAGCAUACUUGGCUGCAACUGGUGCAGCUGGAGGGUUAUAUGGUUGUAAUCUGGAUUCUGUCAAUGUUAAGCGACUCUUGCGGAAUUCUUCAGAUUCUUGCAAGGAAAUUAAGAGGCUGGAUGGUUAUGAGGGCAACAUUGUUUUCACCGACAACAAAUAA